AGGUUUCUUAAAUUUUUCUCUCUCUACUAAAUUACUAAUCAGAUUCUAAAUUUCACAACAUCACACUAUGCAUAAAAAGUUUAGGUCAAGACUUGAAAGUAAUAGAAAUAAAUACCCAUAUCAAGUAUUAGAAGCUGUAGAAGAGGCUCUCACAAAGUUAGCUCAUUCUAAUUAUCAUGAAUUUUAUGGGCAUUAUAACCACUUGGAUUGGCUGACUUCACUUCCUUGGGGAAUUUACAGUGCAGAUAAUUUGGAUAUCAUUCGAGCACAAAAUAUUCUUGAUGAAGACCAUUAUGGAUUGACUGAUGUUAAGGAAAGAAUCUUGGAAUUUAUAGCUGUUGGAAAACUCACUGGUUCCUUUGCAGGAAAAAUUAUUUGUCUCAAUGGUUCACCUGGAGUGGGCAAAACUAGCAUUGGUCGUUCCUUUGCGCGUGCUUUGAACCGUAAGUUCUUCAGGUUUUCUGUUGGAGGAUUAUAUGACGUUUCAGAAAUCAAGGGGCAUGGUCGAACCUAUGCUGGUUCUAUGCCGGGGAAGAUGGUGCAGUGCUGGAAAAAUGCAGGGACAUCUAAUCCUAUUCUGGGAAAGGGGCGUGGUGAUCCAGCAAGCGCGUUGUUAGAGCUCCUUGAUCCUGUGCAAAAUGCUAAUUUUGUAGACCACUAUCUUGGUGUUCCAAUGGAUCUAUCAAAGACAAUUAAUAUACCAGCUCCUCUCUUGGACAGAAUGGAGGUUAUUGCCAUUACUGGGUAUACCACCGAUGAGAAGAUGCACAUCGCCAUAAACCAUCUAGAGAAAUUUAUACGUAAACAAUGUGGCAUCAAGCCUGAACACCAGGUUUUAGUGACAGAUGUUGCUCUUCGUGAACUAAUAGAGAAUUAUUGCAAGGAGCCUGGAGUUCGGAGUCUUCAAUGCACAUAGAAAAGAUAUAUCGCAAGGUUAGCCUUUUAUCUCUUGAAUGUUUAAGGGAAUGAAGUUUCUGCAUACAA